AUUACAGCAGCUGCGAUUUGGGGAGAGGAGGGCAGGCGGCGGCGGAGCUCCAUCAUGGCGUGGAGGAGAAGCGGCUCCCAGGCUGGACCCCCUGCCCGUGCCCUCGGCUGGCUGCUGCUCUGCAGGGUGUACGUUUCAUUUGCCGGUCCGGUACACGUGGAUCCACAUGAAACUGCUGUAUGGGGGAAGAAUAUUACUUUGAAGUGUUUAAUUGAGGUCAAUGAAACAAUAACCCAAAUCUCUUGGGAGAAAGUUAUAGGCAAAAAUGCACAGACCAUAGCUGUUCAACAUCCAAUCUAUGGAACAUCUUUUCAAGAAUCAUAUCAGAAUAGAACAUCAUUCAAAAAUACAUCACUCCAUGAUGCAACCAUUGUUAUAAAUAAUGUAGACUUCCCUGAUGCUGGGGUAUACAUAUGCAAAGCAGUUACAUUUCCUCUUGGAAAUGUACAGUCAUCAACUUCUGUGACAGUACUUGUUGAACCUACUGUGAGUAUAACAAAAGGUCCCCACCCAUUAAUGGAUGGUGCAAAUGAAACUGUUGCGGCUACCUGCACAGCUGCUACAGGGAAACCUGCUGCAGAAGUAUAUUGGCAAGAGUCUCUUGGCAGAGCAGAAGUCACUUCCACAACAUUUGCAAAUAAAACUGUUACAGUCGUAAGCCAAUACAAGCUGGUCCCAACCAGGUUUGCUAGAAGAAGAAACAUAACCUGCAUCGUAAAGCACCCUGCUUUGGAAAGUGAUAUUAGAUAUCCAUUUACAUUGGAUAUACAAUAUGCUCCUGAGGUAUCAAUAACCGGCUAUGAUGGUAAUUGGUUUGUUGGCAGAAAAAAUGUCCAACUGAAGUGUAAUGCAGAUGCUAAUCCACCUCCCAUUGAGAUUAAGUGGACCAGGUUAGAUGGAAUUUGGCCUGAUGGUUUACUAUCUGUCAAUAAUACACUACAUUUCAACUACCCUCUAACGCACAAUGCUUCUGGGAUAUAUGUGUGCAGAGUGGCCAAUGCUCUGGGUUACAAAAUUGACCAAAAGAUUGUUACUAUUUUAGAUCCUCCUGUUACUACUGCACCUCCUACAAUUUCACAGACCCAUUCAACCUAUGAUGCAGACUUAACAACAUCCUCCAGAAAAUUUCAAAUUCCAGCUUCAACUAUGGCAACUUUACAGGAUGGAAAUUUUGGCACCAUUAUUGGUAGCGUAGUUGGAGGUUGUCUUUUUUUAAUUCUUUUAAUCGUGCUAAUUGGCGUUAUAUACCACAGAAGAAAACAGACGUUCCGUGGUGAUUAUUUUACCAAGAGCUACAUUCCUCCUUCAGAUAUGCAGAAAGAGUCCCAGAUUGAUGUUCUGCAACCAGAAGACCUUGAUCCAUUUCCUGACAGCCUGAAAAAGGAGGUUGACCUUAAAAGUAGUGAUCAUAUUUAUAAUGAAUAUCUCCAUGAUGACGACAGCUCAGAUUGGAACCAUAUUGUAAGCUAUAACAGAUAUCAGGAGCACUUUGACAGACCAGUCAAUAAUUAUACUGACAAAAACAUGCCAGUAGUUUCACGAUACAAUCAGAACUUCGACAAUGAAGAUGACUUGGUUUCCCAUGUGGAUGGUUCUGUCAUAUCCAGAAGGGAGUGGUACGUGUAAAGACUGCUGCAAGUGGACUUAUGUGCAUUCAGCUACAUGAUUGUCAGAUUUACAUUUCUGAUCUUUUUGUUGCAAUUUUUAUUUUUUUUGCCUAUUUUACCAUAUCCUAAACGGGAUUAGUCAGAUAAUUUCUUGCGCCUUCACAAAUUUGAGCUAUGUAAAUAAAUGUAGAAUUAUGAAGAAAUGAUUUAUUAGUAUAGCAAAUUUCCAGUAAGCCAGUCAAGACUAUGGGACAAGCCUAUUAGUAACAUGGCAUUAACAGCAGAAAUGUGUUUCACAGUUGACCAAUACAUUGAAAUGGUGUGUGGGCAGUGUAGAUACAUUUUUUUCUACUUAUGCACUGUAGGUCUUUUAUAAUAGCUCUUGCAGGUGCCUCAAUACAGGAAAACUUUCUGUAGAUAAUUCUAUGAGAAUUGAAUCCAUAUCCAUUGCAUUUUCUGCCAUGGCCUGCAAACUGGUACGGUUAGGAAACAAUGCUGCUAUCAAUAAAAUGUACCAUAGCCCAGUUACCUUUAGGAGCACUUAAGAGAACAAUCUGAACAUUUAUUUGUACAAUGCUUUACCACAUUCAAGGACGCAAUUUAUUUUUGUAAGGUAUUUUUUAGCAAUUUUGUACUUUUUCUACAGCUCCGUUUAAGUGCUGUAUGUUUAGUAUUUCACUCGAGAAAAUAUUUGUUUAAACGCUUAUAGCAUUGAACUACCAGACAGUGUAGAUCAGAUUUGUAAUGUUAUUUAAUUUUUGUUUUUCUUUUAUGUGCAUUGAUGACUUUUUUUAUAUAUAGAAAAUUAAAAAAGAAUAUUUUGUUUUAUUGUAGCCACAAGAUUUUUGUUUCCCCUUUGUCAAUAUUCCUCUGAUUUCUUUAUUUCUAGUACAUUUAGUAUGUGCAUAGUUUCAUCUUUGCUUUUCUUUUACCAUCUUAUGCUUGACCUACUGAUAAUUUAAAGAAGCUAUUUCCGUAGAUAUUCCCCAGACAUGUAGUUUAUCAGUUUGCUAACAAUGGUGCUCUAUAAAUAUUGGUUAUAAACUGCUAUCAUAGAAUCCUUGUACACCAAAGAAAUGUAGAACUUACACUUAAUUGAGUCAAAAAUAAAAUCAAAUUUUAUUAUCGCAUAACAUUAAAAUCCAAAUGAGACUUUACAGACAGGGUUUACCAAUGUACACAAUUGGAGCUUACGGCUCAGCAUUAAUAUAUCAAAGAGCACACUUCCAUAUAUUUAUAUAUCGCAAAAUACCUGGAGGAAUAUGAUAUCUUAUGCACAACUGUAAUAUUUAUGCAUCAAUAUCCCACACUUUUGUGCUACCGAUAUAACAGAAAACACUGCUAUAAAAGUUCGGGCAGGCUCACUGAACCAGUAUCAUACUACAUAUCCCAUAAGUGCAUAAAGUGCCAAAUUGUUCUCACCCAUUAUGCUGAUGCCUCACCGCUCCACUACCCCUCACAGCUGCUGUUUUGGCUCCUUCUUCAGGGGGCUACAGUAUGUCCGUCAUCCCUUUCCCCUUUUAUAUUUUGCAGCUCUAAGCACUACUUCCAGAACGCUAACUUCACUUCCGUGCGCUCGCCUAUCACCUGACUUGGCGCACCCUCCACAGGAUGCCGGAGAAGCACACAAUGGGUAUCAGCGUCACUGCACAUGUACAAGCCCUCUCCUGGCUGGACACGCGCAUAGCGCUUUUAGACAUCUGAAUGCAUUGUGUACUCUGAGAGCUAGCGCACAUUGAUAGGCAGCGCACGAGUGAAUGAUGACUUUUAUAAGAUAUCAUAUUACCUCUGGGGACAUGCCUUACAAAGUGCAAGUGCCCAUUGUAAAAAAUGCAUGACAAAAUAUAUAAAGUGACAGUGCAAAAUAUAUAAAAUGACAGUGCAACAAUAUAAAAUUAAGUGCAUACAGACCCUAUUGUUAUUUAAACAAUUUAUCAAAAAUUCUAUAUAUCAAAUAGGAAUCUCAUAUUACCAUUUCACCAGUACAUUCAUUUGUCUCUAAACCUAUUUACUACAAAUCCGUACCCAUAUUGUCGAAUAUAAUGAAUCCACCAUAAGAUAGUAUAAUAAUUCUACAACAUUUCUAUAUAGAGAUCCAGUGCAUUGGACAUAGGCAUUUUGUGCGUUUGCAAUAGUAAAUCGGGGCCACUUUAUGCAUAGUAGCUCUUGUCCAACAGAUGCAAAAUAAUUCUUGUCUGUUUAGCUAGGUCCAUCUAUUAGUAACGUAGUUUGCAAGGCUGAAAAAGAAGUACAUCAGUCUAGUUCUGCCUAUCACCUUGCAGUGUUUAUCCAGAGGAAGAAAAAAAAAACUCCCUUCCCAACUGCAAUUCUGUAAAUCAAAAUAAAUUCCUGGAUCAACAACCCUUCUCCAGAAUAUAGUGAUCGUAACGUGUAAUGCUGUAACACUCCAGAAGUGUAUCCAUCCCCUUUUGAACUCUUUUAAUGAGUUCACCAUGACCCCUUCCUCUGGCCAAGAGUUUCAUAGUCUCACUGCUCUUUAAAUACAGAAUCCCCUUCUGUUUUGGUGUAGAAACUUUUUUCCUGUAGAUAUAUUGGAGGUAGCCUCCCUGUAAUCAGUGCUCAACCCUAAAAGAGCAUUUAAACAUUAGUAGAGAAUAUUAUUCAAGCCAAAAUUUUCUUCAGAAGAAAGAGUACCCAUUUGUAGGCAGCAGUUUCUUGUCCCUCAUCAGUAUAGUGUAGGGUGCCGUCUGGCUGGGAGAGAAACAUUUGAUGUCGAUCUGAAAGGGUAAUGUGUCUCCUUUGCGAGACAGCCAAACCAGGAAGUCUUACUGCCAACAUAAUGUUCUAGUUUGGCCUAUAAUCCCAAAAUCAUGUUUCAAGGCUCUUUUAAAAGGUUGAAAAUUGAUUUAUAGUGAAGCUGCCUCCAAUAGGUAGCUUCAGAAAACAAGCUGAUUUUCUCCUGGAGAAGAGUUAAUGUUCAUAUAUUUUUCCCCACUGAGCUUUGUCUGGUGAAUAAGACUCUUUAUGCCACCUUUCUGUCUUCAUAUCUAAAGACAACAAUGGAGGUUUAUUGCUAAUUUACGUUCUGAGUAUCCUAAAGUAGGGUUCUGCUGUAUUUUUAGGUACCAUAGAAACUGAAUGGAGCAUGAGUGUGCGUACUUGACCGCCACAUUAUGCAAACUCCUCAUCACUAUGGUUAUGAGGGUAAGGAGGAAUGUUCUGCUGCUCAGUGUGUCCCACAGCUAUUAUGUCAUUUAAGAACUAUCCUGUGGGGGUUUCUCACAAUUGACAAUAAUCGCGGCCAUUCUCUAAAUGAUAUCCAUAGAAGAAUUGAUAAAGUUUACCUUGUAUAUUUUCUGUUUUAUCCUUUCUGUUCCAAAGUGAGAUAUUCAUGUUGAAUGACCGUCUGACUUCCACAUCUUUUUUUUUUUUUUUCUUUUUAACUAUACAGUUUGUCUCGUAGGAUACAGAAACCAUUGUAGGUCUUGCCGAGUUGGUUUAUUUAAGGGCAUGUCGCACUAGAGAGGACAUUCACACUGGUUAAAAUUAUAGCUAUGACAUGUAUAUAGCAUUUAGUUUGUAACACCCAUGGGGGGUUGGGUUACUUGGGGCUUUCCACCACCAUUUUAGGGGGGCGGGGGGAGAAGUAAGUCGCAAAUUUUAGUGCACACAUUUUUUUUUUUUUUUUUUGCAAUUUUAUCCACCACUAGCUAGAAGUUAAGGAUUAGUGGAGGUCAGUGCUUCUCUUAGCCCAAGAGAUUUACUAUUGACAUAAAUUGUAACAGAAAUCUCUGCAAGUAAAUCACAUAGAUUUUAGUUUGUAGCUCAUUGACACCUAAAAAUGCAUAUCUAAGUACUUUUGGCACAUUUCACCUGACCCCUGUAAGACUAGAAUAUGAAACAUCACACUAGGUUAAUUUAUGUGUGGAACAUGGUCCACAUUUUAGUUUUAGUAUUAUGACUUGAAAAUAUGGACCUCACAAUGGUUCUGUGAUGUAUAUAUCACCAUGGUACCCUAUGGGGAUCUGUUUGGUUUAGCAGAACCACAGGAAGUCCAAGUGUUGAAGCCAUAAUAUAAAUACUAAUAAGUAAAAAUAUAUGGUUAUGUAAACCAGCCUAGCUAGUAGUAGUCUCUAGAGGUUGGUAACAGACUGUACAAUAUAAUUUUUAUUUCCGUUACAGCUUACAGCUUUUCCUUAUAAAGCUUAGACAUGUUUUUACUUCCAACAUAUCAACAUAAAGGUAACUAGCAUAAAUGGGGAUUCAUGAUCUCAGCUAUUUAUUUGGUCUAUGAACUUGUGCAUCAUUUGCAUCUUGGUUUCUGAAGGUAUACAUAUUAUGUCAAAUAAUACAAUAGCCAAAGCUCACCAAUAGUGUUAGUCACUCUUCAGUAAACCUGUAUGUGGAGUUAACAGGAGUGAGCAUAUUGCGUUUACAUCUUUAGUUGACUGCACCCUACCGUAAUAUGCCUAAAGCAUGGUCAUUUUAAGAAACCAAUAUACGGGGACAUUUAUCAUUGUUGCUUUGGUAAGCUAGUUCUGUAGGCAUUUUUCUUGCUUUGUUUUUUGCUUAUGUGAGACAUAUUUAUUAUACUAUCACAAUGUGAUAUAUAUAUAUGCGUAUAUAUAUAUAUAUAUAUAUAUAAAUAUAUAUAUAUUUUUGUAAGCUGAAAAUAUAGGGAACCCCCACACAUAUUUUGCAUACAUAAUAAUAAAAAAUAAAAUGCAUAGGGUUCCCCCUAUUUUUAUUCUCAGCCAGAGACCAACGAAGCAGCAACAGCCUGACAUUACCAGGGUGGGUGAGGACCAUUGUUACUGGCCCUCCCUAGCCUAAAUAAUGCCUAUUACCGCCAAGGCCCAGGAGCACCAUUUUUUACGCUCCCGACCUGUUGGUAUCAGCUCUUCCUGGCACCCUUGUGGCAGUGGGUAUCAGGGUAAUAAUUGGGGGUUAACGCUAGCUGUUUUUUGUGGCUAACGCUAAGCCCCGGCUUAGUACUGGACUAUCAGACAGCUUCCACUACUAAGCCUGUAAAAUAAAUAAAAACAACACUUUUUAAAAACUUUUAUUCCAAAAAACACUCCCCCACAAGCCCUUGUUAACCAUUUUAUUAAUUUUAAACAAAAUAAAAAACCGCUGGUCAUCGACGCAGUCCACCGAUUCUGAAGAAGUCCUCUGCAUACACAGAUCUGAAAUUAGGCGGAAAAAAAAACACGGAAAAUUGGUUAGUACAUUUAUAGUGCCUUCCUUUAGGGAAAACGCUCAUAAACCAACGUUUCCAAACAGGGAGCCUACUUCUGUUGCUAAACCACAACUCCCAUCAUUUCCAAACAUUUCCUUUGGCUGUCUGGUAAUGAUAUAACAUGUAUGUUAGCAACAGCUGGAGGCACUCUGUUCCUAAACUACAACUCCUGUCAUGGGAGUUGUAGUUCAGGAACAGCUGGCGGCACCAGCCGCUCAACGCCCACCUGCCCACACCUAAAACCCACCCGUUAGCUGUUGCAAGACUACAACUCCCAGCAUGCCCUAACAGUGAGGACAUGCUGGGAAUUGUAUUCACAAUGGUAGUUGCGGGCGGGUGGCCGGGUUGCGGUUGGUCUCGGCCAAUCAGGGCACUGCCCGGGAAAUAUGAAAUCGCAGUCUAGUUUAGUAUUUUUGGGAGCCAGCCGGCCUCUCAUCUCCCCCACCACCUCUGCUCAUGUCCCCCACCCCUCCGCUCUCCACAUCUCCCAACCGCCGGCUACCUGAGCUGUUACAGGACUACCACUCCCAGCAUGCCCUUUCAGUGAGGACAUGCUGGGAGUUGUAGUUGCAACGGCUGGUAGUUGUGGACAGGAGGAACCGAGAAGCGGAGCCGGCCGUCUCCCAGAUAUAUGAAACUACACUGUCAUUUCAUAUUUCCCGACCUGGGCUGUGAUUGGCUGGUCGGUCUUGGCCAAUCACAGCCCAGGUCGGGAAAUAUGAUAUGACAGUGUAGUUUCAUAUUUCUGGGGCCUGCUGGCUCCGCUGCCCUGGCCGCUCAUCUCACCGCUGCCGCCCAUCUCUCCCCGGCAGCGGGGGGGAAAUGAGCGUCAGCGGCAACUUUUUAAAUUUGCUCACGUGCAUGAGUUUUGUACUCCAGGUCAGACCUGGAGCAGACUUGCGACUUUUUGUAAGGGGUUUGCGAUUGUUUUUUUUUUGCCUAUGUGCGACUUUUGCACAUUAUAAAUACCUGACUACUGCAAAGUAAAAACUGAAAUUUACUUAGGUGAGGCUGUUUGUAACUUUUUGCUUACCCACAAAAGUUGCACAAAAAAGUGCUUAGGUGCAUGUGCGACUUUUUGUGCUACUUUUGUAAGGAAAAAAAGGCUCUAAAUACCUUGAUAAAUGUCCCCCAUAGAGAGUAGUCUUGUGAAUCAAAGUUACACUAUUGUCAACUUUUGGUUCUCUCUCAAACACAGUUUAAUAUCCCAUCAUGUUCAACUUAACUACAUGCUAAGACUUUGCAAGACCUUGCAAAAAUAUGCUGGUGUCAGAUAAGAAACCGAUAAUAUUAAUACUGAUCCUAGAAGAAAGUUUGUAAGAUAAAAUUGUGUGCUGUGCACUGUAAACUGUUUUUACCAUCAAGUAAGUUUUAUGCCUAUUUUAAAUGACACUCACCUUGCAUAAAUUUCAUUUUAUGGCAUUACUGUGUACUUCAUCUGCUACGGAUAGGAAAAGUGCCUAAAAAUGACUUGACUUUUGUCAUUUUGCUCGAACCUUUUAGCUAAUUUUGAGACCUUGUCUAAGCAAUGACAGUACCUAUAGUUUGUCGUGUGCUGUUCUGUUUCUCAUAACUUCAAGAAAUGUGUCCAUGCAAUAAAGAUUUGUAUUAUAGUCACCCUGAGGCCCAGAACCUUCAAGAUAUGCCUGUGGUUACCACUGAACAACAUUGCAUUCAUGUAUACAAGUUGUUUUUUUCUUCUGUUCCUUUUAUUUCUACUAUGAAGAAACAUGCUUUUCUUCUUAAUAGAUUUGUUUAGAUAUUUUGAUGUGUUUGAGUUUGCCAAAUUUUGUAGCAUUGUUUUCCAGUUGAUGGGCACCAAGGCACCUGCAAUCUGUAACUCAUAAGCCAUGACGCUUUGUCAUGAUUGUUUAAUGCUGGACUUCUAGAUGUAUCACUGUUAGUUUUUUAUGUUUUUGGUUUUUCUUUUUUGGUUCGUUUUUUGACAGUUUAAAACGGGAGAAAAAAAAUUACUUACGCUGACAUCCAAACUGCUGUAUUUUGCCCUAGGCAAACAUACAAGUUAAAACUUUCCUGUAAAAUACCAGCUCCUAAAAAAAUGUUUUCUAAUUAGAAAGUCAUGCAUAAAUGCAAAUCCACAAUUUUUUUGUUGGGGUGAAUUAAAUGCCAUUUAUGUCUUGACAAAUUAAAGGGGUUAUCCAGCUAUUAAAAACUUACCCUUUUCCUGUUGAACCCUACGGCCCCCACCUCAUGUCAGUGAAGUACCUCUCAGCCAGUCACCAACUAGGGCAGAAAACUUUUGUGGCCGAUGAUUGGACGAGCAGGCCCUCACUGCCGAGAGGUUUAAGUUUCGAAAGGUGGGGGCUAGACAUUCAGCAGGGACAGCCGGCCUCUGUUCUUGAGAUAGGGGAUACGUCUUUAGUAGCUGAAUGACCUCUUUAAUAAUUUGAAGAUGCUGAUUUUGUACAGUUCAGUAAUGUAAAGUAUGAUAGUGCUGGCGCUAUAUAACAAAAGUUACUUACAGCAUGUAAGUUACCAUUAGAUUGUAUAACCUGAGGGGUGAGAAUUAGAAAGGAAAGGAAGUAAAUAUAGAAAUACAUUUCUUCUUGCUUUACCUUGGAGAACAGGUCCUCCUAAUGUUGGUGUCUGAACUAAACCUACCAAGAGCAAGGUAAAGAGGUCAUAUAUUUGGUUCAAUACAAUUAUUUUGCACAGGAAAAACUUUAUUUCUACUCCUGACAGAGGAACCUGAACUUCCACCACUGAAACCAGUUUUAAUACCCUUAAAUUUAUAAUUCUCUACUGAAUUAUUGCAAAGUUCAGCACCUCUAAGGGACAGAAUGUUAUAUCAUAACCCAAUUAAUUCAUUGGUUCUAUUAGAAAAAUGUAACACAAGUGCUUUAAAAAUAUAUUUAAAAAAAUUGAAUAGUUCAUAAUGUUGGAACUAAAAAAAGAUAACUGCUCACUUUUUGUCAGCACUACCUUAUACGGGUACCCUUACGCAUACCCAUUUACUUCUACUAAGGACAUAUGGGUACUCCUGAACAUUUAAAGGAGUACUUCAACAUAGAACUUGGUUUUUAAAAUCUUUACUCCCGCCUUUCCUCCAGUAUCCUGCUUCUCUCCUCCGGUGUGGUCCUCUUCGUGGUUGCUGUGUGUCAGCACCGCAGACUGCAGCUCAGCUAAUCACCGGUCGCAGCAAUUUCCCGUCUUGGCCAGUGAUUGAUGAGUGGCACUGUGACGUAUGGAGCCCUGGUCUUCCACCUGUGCUGCAGUCUGACGCGUCAACCCCCAACACCUAGAAAGAGGAUCGCAUCGGAAAGUAGCAGGAUACUGGAGGCUUUAGCAGGAUUUUCAAGAAAAUUUUUAUCCGGGUUUUGAUCAGGUUUUAUUUGAUACACUUUGUUAAGCUUAAAGUGGAUUUAGUAUUGAUAUUAGUAUUUGUCUUUUCUAUUCUCUUUCCUAUUAUGAUCCACACCUGAUUUUGGGUUCCAAAAGUGUAUCAGAAAAUGUGAUAUAAUCCUGAAAAUGGCUCAUUGGUCUUAACUCAUUGUAAUGCUUAUAACAAGGUCUCCCUUUAGCAAUGAUAAUAUGUAUACUGCAGUUUGGUCUUUCUUAUAAUUGAUAAAACCAACCUAGUCAGGUGCCUUCAGUAGCAGGCAGUAAAUCCACUUAGCUAAUGUAAUUAUAUUUAAAAAGUAAAAUACAAUUCACAUAAUAAACAGUUUGGAACUCAAUUUAGAUGCUAAAUUCCUCGAUUUCACUUUUCUCUACAUCUCAAGGGGCCAAAAUGUCUUAAGGCAAUGAACAACUUUACUAUCAACUUGUAAGUGUAAUUCACUCAUGAUCCCUAUAGACUAGGACAAUCGCCCCCCCCCCCCCCCUCAAUGCUACUACUUUGGGGGCAGAGAGCAGAAGCCAGCCCUUUGGGCUCUACAGUGACAAUGCAAAAUUGUGCUUUAUUCCAUGAAUAUGUAAAUACAAGACAAUUGUCUUAUCUCCUGUUGUCAUUAGUUUCAUAGGAAAUAGAGCCCUAGUAUAAAAGGUAUGUCUGAAACUUCAGAGUUCAACUGAGUAGUGCAGGCCGGCGUCUCUAAUCCACAGACGAUCAGCAAAUAACAUCUAUAUAUAGAAGUAAAUGAGGUUUCGGACUGAAGAAUUCAUGUAUUGUGUGUUAUUUGAAAUAGUGAAUUCAUUACUGAGAUUUUAAAGGAUAAUAUUCCUCACUUAGAUUCACCAGAUACCUGUUAGUUUGUACUGUGCUAAAAGUAAGGGGAAGGCAUCAGUAGUUGUUAGGUGAAAUGUAGCGGAUGUAGAGAUCAUAUAAUCUGAUCGCUAUGUAGCCAUGCUAGUUUGCUCAAGGUGGUCACGUUUGCCCCAUGCUUUGGGACGCUCUUGUUUAUCAUUGAUUAACUAGUCUUUUCAUCCAAACUCAAACAGAUGAUAUUCUAAUAGUCAUUGUAUAGACCAUAUUGGCCUAAUGCGUUAGAAUUCAACCAUUUCAUUACCUCCUAUGUGCAUUUGCCAUCUCUAACUAUUGUGUUAUGCAUUCUGAAAGUAUAGUUCUUUCCUCUUACAUUAGAACCAAUAUACUGGGAGGGGUUUUAGCUGUAGAUCUUGUGUACAGCUCUGAUCUAUUGUGUGCUUAUUGUUUCUUUUUACGGAAUACUAUUGCAGCUUUGGAGAAACCACACUGUAAAAUCUAGAGAUGUCUUCAUGUCUUAGAGACUUAGUAAAUGUUUCCCAUAUCCAUUAAAAUGUCUCAGCUGUUUGUACAACUUGAACUGAUGUUAAGGCGUGAUUUGCGUUUUUUUGCCUAUUCUUUUACAGAGAGUACAAACUAUUUUCCUGCCUACUGUCUUCCAGACCUUGUAAAUCGUUUCCUUACCUAUAGUAAAUCCUUUUUAGUUUUUUUUCCUACUAUCUUUGAUACGAUUAUUAACCCAAUCUAGUAUCUUUGUUUACCAGAGCAAGUUGCGUUCAUUUUAUCUAUGAUGCUCACGGUACAGUAUCAGUGAGAGUUAAGUAACUGUUGACUUUUGACGUCUGGGCAAAUUAGAAUGAAGUAGUCUACAAUUUGUCAGUCUGGGACUGCAGAUAAAAGCCUAAAUGGUAUUAAUACUAACUUUAUUUUUAACGUACAUUCAGUUGUGUGGAAUACUUUAUGUAUUGUAAGUGUCAAACGAGUGGCAUAUUCCAGUACUAGUAACAAAAAUGAAUUUUUGUGUGGGCAUGAUCAACAGUAAUUAGGAGUCAUUGGAUCGGGACCAUACCUAUGGUCACUUUGUGACAUCUUGCUGGAUAGGCAUGUUUGUAACAAUUUCCUCAAGCAGUUGAUUGUUUACAAAACUAAAGGAACCCCUGAGAAUUUCCGAAGGGUUCUCCCAAUACCAGCCAUGCACUGCAAGAGAUCUUCAAGUAAAUUACAUUUACUGAAGUAUUUAUUUGGCUUUAAAUAAUUUUUUUAUGAAGUGCUGACCAAUGAUUGUUAGGUUUACGUUUGGUCACAGACAACUUAGGUACUAUUUCAGAAAUAGUUUUUCUAGUAGCCGGCUAUAUAUCAUGUGCUUAUAGAUUUGUAAUAAGUGGCUUAUUUUUCUGCUUUUACAAUUUCGAAUGUAUGUAGGAGCAUAACUAUUUGUUGCUGCUAUCAGGGAUGUGAAUGAUUUUGAAUUCAACCAAAAAAAAAAAAAAAAAAAACUUCUGUUUAAAAUAGUUCAACAGAAGUAUACGAUUGUAAAAUCUCUUUGAGAAUGGUGGUCUUAAGAUCUUAAUUUUAUCUGCAAUAACAUAUUUGGAGGUUAGAAAAGCAUAUUAUAAUGUGAAUUUUUAUAAAUAUAAUAAAAUAUUUUACUUGCGCUUCUGGUAAGUGUUAGGAUGUAAUUUUCAGAUUCUGGAGUUUUUUUAUGUGCCCAAAGUUGAGUUUACCAAUUUUUUUAUGAUUUGCUAGAGUAAACUAUGUUUUUAUGAUGAAUAAUUUGUUAUUUUUGCAAUUGUUGGUGCUUGCUGUGAUGUUUGCUGUUAAGCAAUGUUUAUUACUAUUAUAUUGUAAUAUACAUUUUUAAUAAAUAAUUGAAAUUC